GAUUAACGUGAAAACGCUCUGCUUACAAUGAAUCACAAUGGAGACUAAAUAGGAUCUCACACGAAUUCAGGCUUUUAAUUUAUUUAUAACAGAAAGUUAGAUUUUGACUUGUGCCGUCGGAAAUCCGUGCUUCAUAUUCUGACACGUAAUUGUAGUCAAGAAAACAAGUUGCGGACAAAUCCCGAAGUGUCUCUACAAGUGUUUGGAACAAGGAAAUCGUCUCAGGCUAACGUUAUGUAGCAAGCUAAUCUCACUUAUCCUGUCGCAAACUCCACUAUCUCUGAUCUCACAGGCAGUUAUAAAUCCCGCACUAAGGCAUGACCGAGUACAAACUUGUGGUGGUGGGGGCAGGAGGUGUGGGGAAGAGCGCUCUCACCAUCCAGCUCAUCCAGAAUCACUUCGUUGAUGAAUAUGAUCCAACCAUCGAGGACUCGUACAGAAAACAGGUGGUGAUUGACGGAGAGACGUGUCUGUUGGACAUCCUGGACACUGCAGGUCAGGAGGAGUACAGCGCCAUGAGGGACCAGUAUAUGAGGACAGGAGAAGGCUUCCUCUGCGUGUUUGCCAUCAAUAACGCCAAGUCCUUUGAGGAUGUUCACCUCUACAGAGAACAGAUCAACAGGGUGAAGGACAGUGACAGCGUUCCCAUGGUGCUGGUGGGGAAUAAGAGCGACCUGGGCCAACGCACUGUGGAGACACGACAGGCGCAGGACCUGGCACGAAGCUACGGCGUGCCGUUUGUUGAGACCUCUGCCAAAACCAGACAGGGUGUGGAGGAAGCUUUCUAUUCGCUGGUACGGGAGAUUCGAAAAUAUAAGGAGAACAACCGCAGCAACAAGAAGAGCAAGAAGAACACUCAGAGACGUUGCACAAUACUAUAGCAAACCACACACACACACACAGCACCAGCGUCUCUUCAGGCACUUGUUUCAUGCUCCCUCUCACACACGGCACCUCCUCUGUCACUUUGGAGACGUCCAGCUCCAGACAGAGAAGCAAGUGUGGCAAAAUCCUUUUUUUUUUUUUUUUUUUUUUUUUUUUUUUACUGCUGUCACAGUUUCCACUAACAGUACGUCACCAGACUUCAAGAUUUGCCAGUUAUCCACCCAAUGUGCAGUGUCCAUUUAACGCUGUGAAUUCACUUUGUUUUUUGAUGACCAAACAACUAAAAGCUGCAGUUUUUAGUUGAAUGUCUGUCUUUUUGGUUAAGGUCAGCAAUUUGUGAAAACUUUAUUAGAGCAGAAGUAGCAGAAAGGUUGUUUUUUUUUUUUUUUUUUUUUUUGGUUUGUUUGUUUGUUUUGUUUUUCCCCUCCAGGAACCUGUGAGAAGCUGUCUGUACAGGUAAUUGUCAUUUUAUAAUUAUAAACAAUCCGGCCAGUGUUUUCAGCUCCUCUUGACUUUAGGGUUCAAGGGUUCACAAUGGUGCGUCACUGCACUUUGCACACACUUUGUCACAUCGGGUGAUGUUUUGCAUUCAAAUCUCCAGGAUUGUUUUAGGACUCAACACAUUGUUCAGAUAAAUUGUUCACAUCCGACUUCAUGAGAAAACAGUAUUCUGCCGACUUGGAUACUUUUUUCCUGUGAAAAUGUUUUUGCUUCCAGACAGAUGUUUGUUGUCUUCUGUCCUCUGGGGCUUGAAAUGCAAAAGCAAUAUAGUUUUUUUUUGUUUGUUUGUUUGUUUGUUUGUUUUCUCACAAAGACCAUAUUUGAAUGAAAAUACUGUUGUAGGGUAGGAUCACCACAGUAACAAAAGCCUCAAAAUUGUGUUCCAGACUCCUAGGUGCACUUUAUUCACUUCAUUAUGUGCUUAUUAUUGUAGGAUUAGUGAUAGCACCAUUUCAAAAGUUUACUCAGGAAUAUGGUGUUUUAUCAGGACCUGAGGAAUAGCAGACUGAGAGCUGCGUCAAAUGAUUGGUUUGAAAUCUGAUGCCUGUUUCCAUAAUUUCACAGCAUCAAUUAACUUAUCAUUUUGAGCAUCAGCCCUGAUUUCUUGCUCCACAGUUACACUGUAUUCCAAAGUCCACUGUUUAAUGCAAGUUUUAUGUCAGUCCCAGUGUUGGUUGAAGUUAGAACAGUCGAUGCAACACCACGCUCUUAACAGAGCAUGUAGUGUGUGUGCAAAUAUCAGUGUGGUAAUACAUGAAACCACUGAAACCAGUGUUAAACCUAGCAGUCUCACAGCAACAGUCACGGUAUCUGAUCAUACUUGAUGCUGGAUAAGCAUAUUCAGUAGCGCAACCAUUUUUUUUUAUAGCAGUGUUUUUGUUCUUUGAUAAUCACCAUCACUCUUAAAUCUAAGAGAUGGUUAAAUUUCUAUUUUUGUAGCAUUAUGACCAGUUUGCCCCAAUUGAACCCAACAUCUGCAUUAAGAAACUGCUGACUACAUAGUUACUAAAAUCACAUCAAAGUUCAAUGUGCUAACUUUCAGCUGAGGUGUAUCCUGCUAACAGAAGUGAGUCCUUCCAUGACGGAUUCCUACUUUUCUUUGGUGUAAAACCAGCAGGCUCCUAAUGCCUGUCUCAUUAUCUGGACUUAGUGUAAUUCCAUUGUAAAAGUAUGGAGUAACAAGAACUUGAUUUGAUCUGAACAAGUCUGUCACUGACAGCUGUGUAAAGUCUGCAAUGCACUCUGCUGUAAUGAACAAGUAAAUGUCUGUAGCCUUUA